UAUAAUUCUAAUACCUUUACUUUCAACGAUGCAGUUCAAGACACUCAUCACUGCUGCUGGUCUGGCACUCAGCAUGACUGUCGGCGUUCUAGGCCGUGCCAACGUCGUCGGCUACUACGCCAACUGGGCUAACAUGCCCGCCCUCACUCUUUCCAAGUACACCCACAUCAACUUUGCCUUCGCGAUUCCCAAGGCUGACGGCUCCCUUCAGUACGACAAUGUGGAAACAAUCCCUGGCCUGGUUUCUGGUUUCCAUGCUGCUGGAGUCAAGGCACUGGUGUCUGUCGGUGGUUGGACUGGAUCCAACCUCUUCUCGACUAUUUUGAAGAACACUGCAACACGCACCGCGUUCCUGAACAACAUGGUCAGCUUUGUGCAGACAAACAACCUCGAUGGUGUUGAUAUCGACUGGGAGUACCCGGGACGCGAGGGUAAUACCUGCAAUGCAUAUGAUCCGGCAAACGAUUCGAAAAACUUCCUCUCCUUCCUGCAAGACCUGCGUGCCAAGCUGGACUCGACCUUUGGUGCUGGAACCAAGCUCAUCACCAUGGCUGUCCGUGUUCAGCCUUUCGAUGGUCCCAACGGCCCGAUGAAGGAUGUCUCUGCGUUUGCCAAGGUCACCGACUAUAUCAACCUGAUGCAGUACGACAUUAACGGCUCGUGGAGCUCCACCACCGGCCCGAACGCUCCUCUGCAGUAUGCCCCAGGCAAGGGUGAGCAGGUCUCAUUCGCCACUGCUAUCUCUGCUUGGUCCGCUGCUGGAUGGCCUACUUCCAAGAUGAACGCAGGUGUGCCAUUCUAUGGUCAUAGUGUGAAGGCUUUGUCAAACAUGCUGAACAAUCCGUCCAACAUGUACGCCCAGUUCUCACCUACUGUCCCCAAGGGCGACCAGGAGGAUGAGCCGUGGGCCGAUACUUGCGCCGGUGGACCUGCUGUCUACUCAGGUGACUGGCAGUACAAGCAUCUUCGCGACCAGGGUCUACUCUCUAACCCGACCACUGCAGCGGCUCCUUGGGUUCGCACCUGGGACAACACCACGUCUACACCUUGGCUGUUCAACCCAAGCACCAAUGUCUUCAUUUCGUAUGAUGAUCCGCAGAGUCUCAAGGCAAAGGUCGACUACGCUGCUGCCAAGGGUCUAGCUGGCACCAUGCUGUGGAGCAUGGAGAUGGACUAUAACAACGAGCUGCUGGAUGUGCUGAACAGCUUCCCUAGCGGCGGAUCUACCACCACAGCGACUACCCCAGGAACCAGCUCCACGGCAACCCAGCCUGGAACUACCUCGGCUACCAAGAGUGCUACCACUGGUGUUCCUCCUGUGACCUCGUCUACCUCGUCUGCUCCGGCUACCAGCUCCUCAACCAAUACCGGUGGACCGGUUGCUGGUGGACCUUGCAGCACUGGUGGUGCGUACCAGUGUGCCGACACCACUGGCAAGAACCCGGCUUACUUUAUCUGCAACAACGGUGCCUGGCUGGCACAGUCCUGCGGUUCAGGAACUGCAUGCUUCCAGUCUGGGUCUUCGAUCUAUUGCAACUGGCCUUCUUCGUAA